AGCAGGUUAGGAGACCGAGGAAAUCAUUAAGACCGAGGCAGACGGAACCAUGGUCUCCGGUACGGUGCUCCUUCUUUUGACGGUGCUGUCUGUCUGUGGAAAAGCUGCAGCAGAAAGAAAACUAGUCUAUGUGACUGUGCUGUUUCGACAUGGUGACAGAUCGCCCGUCAAAGCUUAUCCGACUGACCCAUACCAGGAGAACGACUGGCCACAAGGCUUCGGGCAGCUAUCGCAGGAGGGGAUGAGGCAGCACUUUGACCUCGGACAGUUUCUGAGAAACAGAUACAAAGGAUUUCUCAACGAAUCCUAUGACAGACACGAGAUCUCAGUUCGCAGUACGGACUACGAUCGCACCCUGAUGAGCGCUGAGGCCAACCUCGCAGGUCUCUACCCCCCCAGUGGUCGGCAGGUCUUUAAUCCAAACUUGCCGUGGCAGCCAAUACCUGUACACACAGUCCCUCAGAGUGAAGAGAGGCUUCUCUCGUUUCCUUUGGGAGACUGUCCUCGCUACAAACAGCUGAUGAAUGAAACUGAACACACAGAAGAGUUUCUGAAUGUCACCAAGACAUACAAGGACAUCAUAGAUCUGGUGAGGAAUAAAACGGGAUUGAAUAAGACGAACGUGGAGUCAGUGUGGAGCGUGUAUGACACUCUCUUCUGUGAGUCCCGUCACAACAUGUCAGCUCCGGAUUGGGUCACCCCUGAACUUAUGGAGAAACUCAGAAUACUCAAAGACUUUGGAUUCCGGGUCAUGUUUGGGGUCUACAAACAACAGGACAAGAGCCGGCUGCAGGGAGGUAUGCUGCUGGGUGAAAUAGUGAAGAAUCUUUCCACGAUGGCUGACGCAGAGUCAAAAAAGCAACUGAAAUUCAUGAUGCUGUCAGCGCAUGACACCACUGUAGCUGCUCUUCAGGCCAGCUUGAAUGUGUUCAAUGGAAGACAGCCACCAUACGCCUCCUGUCAGAUAUUUGAGCUGUACAAAGAUGACAACGGUUCCGCCUCUGUGUCCAUGUUCUACCGGAACAACAGCAAAGCAGACGCCUACCAGCUGCAGUUACCAGGCUGCGCCCUCGACUGCCCCCUGGAGGACUUUGUGAAAAUUACAAAGCUCUCGAUUUCAGACGACAGGGACAAAGAGUGUCAGCUGCCAUCUGAAGGGAGAGAUAAAGAAGUCAUUAUCAGUUUAGCGGUGUCCGGCUGUCUGCUCAUCUUCCUCAUUGCCCUCCUCCUUGGCGUCAUUUGCUGGCAGAAGGAGCCAGUGAGUAGUCGGGGUUACCACCACGUGAUCAACCGGGAGGUGGGUGAGGAGUCCUGACAGAAGCACAAGCUCCUCCCUCGCAGAGGUACAAGCCUCAUGUCAUGGGACAGCAGCGACGAUGAUGAACUCUGAACUCUGAGACGCUUCUUGAUGACUUCAUCAGCUCUGGCUCAGGACCCAAAAUGAUAUUUUUUAUGUGAGAUUCCAUCCAUAGUGGGUCCAAAAUGACUAUUUUUGAGGGAAGAAUGAAACUCUUCAAUUUAAGUGACGAUUUUAAAAACUGGUUUACGAUCACGAUUAACUAACUAAUUAGUCAUGGAUGCGAGACCAGGACUGAUUUCUACAUCAAGAAAACACAGCAGGGAAGACAUGUUUUGUCUUUUUAACAGUUUUUGACAUCUAAAGCACGUGCAGACGUGGUCUGAAGUUAAUGAUUUCAACUUCAUUGUCCACUCUGUAUUUUUUUAAACUGUAUAUUUUGGGACUGAAACAGCUGCAGAAAAGU